AUGGAUUAUGCGCUUUUCUUGGAAGGGGCCGCACUGCUUGCCUGGAAUAUCUCUUGGCUCUGCCGAACCCAAGGACUAAGCUUGGCAUCAGACUCAUGGGAAGAAGUCUGUGACCUAGGGAAGAAUAUGUGGCAAUUGCUUGUUGCUUCUCCCGCUCAGGUACCAUCAUCCAUGAGAGCUUUCGCUAGUCGUGACGUUCAGUCAAAAAUGAAGGUCUCCCGAGAUCACCCUAGGACGAGUAUUCAACGGGCAAAGUCAUUUCCAAUGUUGGGUCAUUAUUCUCAUGGUACUGUACAUUCGUUUCUUGGGGGGUCAGAAGGUACAGAAUUUAUGCGGUCCUGGAAAUUGCCAACGCCAACAAGGGUUGUGGAUAAAUUGAGAACAACCUUGCUGGGUGAAAUGGCGAGUGCGGAAUGGGAGCUACUGGAAAAGAAGGAAUGGGAUGACCAACUCCAUGAGCAACACCAAACGGUCCCUGAAAAGGUGUCAGUCGCGACUGAGUCGACAACUGGAUCAGAGCUGCCAUCUAAUGAGAUUGGACCCAGCCACAUUGCGUUAGUGGGUACGGGUGUGUCAGGAAGUAGCCAGAAAUGUAUAAAUGAACAGCGUGUUGCCAGUCGUCCAAAGGGGACCAGUGGUUGGACGAAACUGAAGAGUAGGGAGAAGGAUAGCUGA